UAAAAGUGUUUUCGUGAAAUUAUAACGCAACGAUGUUCAUGACAACAUGUCCAAAAAUACGCAUCGUGUGGGUGCUUCUGUGUGUUUUGUUAUUGUGUCGCAAUUUGCGUGCCAGUAGACCAAACAUAAUUUUUAUUUUGGCUGAUGACUUGGGAUGGAAUGAUGUUGGUUUUCAUGGAUCUGGUCAGAUACCUACACCAAAUAUCGAUGCUUUGGCAUUUUCUGGUAUUUUGUUGGACAAUUAUUAUGUGACGCCCAUAUGUACUCCAUCCAGAAGUGCAUUGAUGACUGGAAAACAUCCAAUUCACACAGGAAUGCAACACGGGGUACUAAAAGGCGCCGAAGCGAGAGGAUUACCAUUACAAGAGAAACUGCUGCCUGAAUAUUUACGUGACCUUGGGUAUAGGACGCACAUAGUGGGAAAAUGGCAUUUAGGAUUUUAUAAAAAGGAAUAUACCCCGACAUACAGAGGAUUUGAGAGUCAUGUUGGAUUUUGGACAGGUCGUCAUGAUUAUAAUGAUCAUACUGCCAUGGAAAGCCCCUAUUGGGGAAUGGACAUGAGACGCGGUUUGCAACCUGCCUGGGACCUUCAUGGAAAAUAUUCUACAGAUGUUUUCACAAGUGAGAGUGUGACUUUGAUAAAAAAUCAUAACACUACCGAACCACUUUUUCUUUAUGUGGCUCACGCUGCGGUCCAUUCCGGAAAUCCCUAUAAUCCACUUCCAGUGCCUGAUAAAGAGGCCGCUAGGUUCACGGAUAUCAGUAAUUACAACAGAAGACGUUACGCUGGUAUACUGAGCAAGCUCGACCAAUCAGUGGGAGACAUCGUGGAGGCUUUGCGUGUAAAAGGAAUCCUUAAUAACAGUAUUAUUAUUUUUUCGACCGACAAUGGUGGUCCAGCGGCAGGAUUUAAUUUGAAUGCCGCUUCUAAUUGGCCUUUGAGAGGUGUCAAAAAUACGUUAUGGGAAGGUGGGGUUAGGGGAGCCGGUCUCAUUUGGUAUCCAAAAUUCAACCAACCUGGACGAGUUGCUAAGCAAAUGUUUCACAUCACGGAUUGGUUGCCUACACUGUUGACGGCCGCUGGCGGCGAUGUCUCGAAUUUGACUAUGGAUGGCAUGAGUUUGUGGAACUCGUUGGAAGAAGAUACCGCUUCGCCGAGAGAUACCAUUCUACAUAAUAUUGAUGAUGAAUAUGGAAAUUCAGCCAUUACUGUAGGAAAAUGGAAACUCGUCCAAGGUACCACGUACGAAGGGACCUGGGAUGGUUGGUAUGGGCCUUCCGGUGAAGAAUGGAUCUAUAACAUUGGUGCAGUUAUUGGCAGUCUAGUUGGUCGUGCUGUAACUGCUUUAGGAUUAAAUCUUACAUCAACAAAUAUUCGAAAACUUCAAAGAGAAGUUCAAGUCAAUUGCAUUUGGCAAAAUAGAUCUUCGUCGAAUUGUAAUCCUCUGGUGUCCUCAUGUCUUUUUAAUAUUGAAGACGACCCGUGUGAACAGAAUAACGUAGCAUCACAAAACCCUCAAAUCGUCGAAGAACUGCGAAAGCAAAUAUUAAGGUGGAAUGCUACGGCCGUUCCUCCUGGUAACCUUAUUUGGGAUCCCAGAGCUGACCCGGCACUUUGGGAUCAUACAUGGAAUAAUUUUGGAGAUUAUAGCGUGGAAAUACAAUCUGCUAGUUGACGAAUUAGUCCUUUGCUAAGUUAUGGUUACUUAUUAUCUAUAUUAAGGUAUACGAUGACUCAUAUGCUAUGUUUGUAACAAAUUCCUCGGAGUACAUCGAAA